UACAAGGUGAAGCUCAGGCUCUGCGAGUUCCUCUGUUUAAUGAAAUAUCAUGUCUUUGGCCUUCCUCGGUUCCUUAACAUUAUUGUGGAAGCUUCACGUUUUUGGUAGCGUCACGUGUACAAGGGAAGACCCUUCCGUGUCGCUGCGUGGUUUCCAUCUCAGCGCGAUAGGGUUCGCAGACUGAAAUACCGACUUUCAAAUUGGGUCGUUGUGUUUUGCGUAUCGCAAUUCCGAGUGCACAGCGCUUACCACGCGCAUGAUAAGUACAUAUUUUGAUACUCCUCUCCGGCAUGGAAAUCACAUCCCAGCAUCCGCUAUCGGCAAGUGAAAAGCGCGCGGCUUUCAACAAUGCAGUUUUUAUCAGUGUUGCCGCCGCACCGGUUCUUACCGGUUUUGCGGCUGAGCCUCGAAUGCGUGGCGCUUCUUCAAGCGGUAUCCGGCGGCAGGCUAGCGGCACCGCAUGAGCGUCCCCUUAGCAUUUCCGCUACCGCGUCGGUGGAUAGGUUACAAAAUAGACGGCGCCACGACGUUGCAAACGGGCGUGCCGAUGCCUUUUGUCUGCCGACGGUCGAACGCCUCGCCACGGCGUGCGCAAGUGCACUCGCCCCUGUGGCCGCUAGCCUUCGCUACGGGUGCUCCGAUGGUCAUCCACAGAGAGAUCUCGCUACCGACUAUUCCACCGGACAGCCAGCGGAGACAAAUGCGGGGGAAGAUACUCCUACGACAAGGGGCGAACAGCGCGCCCAUCGACGCAUGUGUGGAUCUUGGUUCACGCGCGGCAAACGCAAAUCCCGAGGCACCAUCCCCGCCCGCGCGCUCGACGCUCCUAUAGAAACGAAGGCGCCGCACCGUGGACAGCCUUCGCACCCUCUGGCCGCCCGCGUACUUGCAAGGUUCGGCUGGGCGGAAUUGGCGGAUGAAAUAGCGCUGGCGGACCGCGACUUGGGAUUGCUGCGACGCACCAAGACGUAUCCAUUCGCUGCGGCAUCACUCAUCGCACGAUUGCGCGUUCUCGACGUUCGUAGCAGUUUCGUUCUCCGCAAUGCGCUGUUGGCGGAUCCUGAGGUCGGUGGCUUCAGCGAAAGUGUCCUCACGGAGCGCGGCCGGCCGGCUCGAGACCUGCGCACCGCAGUCUUCGAAGGGGAAUUUUCUGUAACAGAGCAGCAGCGCGUUCUCAACACAAUCGCGGAGAGGGCGACGGAAACCUGCUACGACCUGGAUCUCUGCGCUUCCGCGCCCAGGCUCCGGCAAUCUUCAAGUCUUGCGAGCACCCUCUCCGGUGCGCUGCACCAAGCUGCAGAGAAGCUGACACGGUCGAAGCAAAGUCUAGUGAGUAAAGUGAGCGCCGAACCUGACGGGACGCGUGGCUAUACUUCGAAAGGCCAAGCUCCGGAGGAAUCUAGCGCGGCUUUGGAUUCGACCGCAGGAAAACCGACGAAGAGCGCGGCAGGGAUAGGGAGCUCAAGAAGUAUGGAAUCGGCGGUAACAAUACAGAAAAGAUACGAUCUGCGAGAACGUCCCUCCAGCUCGACGUCUCUCUUGCGGCGGUGGCGCGCUAACCCAGCUCAGAGUGGUUUUCCGUCGGACUGGCCGAAGCAGCACUUGCCACGAUACUACCUCCCGAAGUACGCAACGCUUUCGGACGUGGAUGAUACUUUGCUGUGCAGCAACGGGGAGGCGCGCGGGGUUGCUGGCACGGACGCGUCCUUGAAUCCUACGCGUGAUCACGGAGACAAACUCUCGCACGGGGCAGUGUAUCCAGGCUUGGCGCUCGUUUACGCGUUUCUGAAUGUCAAUACCGCGAUCCACUCCGCGCUUCGGGUCGGUUCCGCGCAUCCAAACAAGGGCUUUGCCGACCUCGUCCCGGCUUCAGUGCGGGUAUCGAAUGCGCCGGAGUACGUCGAGGCCGCGCGAUGGUAUCCAGGACUGCUCACGGCGCGUCCUGGUGAGGCACGCUCGCUUGGCGGAUUGGUGAACCUCCGUACGGGGUCCCGUCUCGCCUUCAACAAACUUGUUUCACGCAAGUAUCCCCCAGUACGCGUUUUUCACGAAGCAAAAGAUGGAAUGGGGCCCGUCCUCAUCCUACCAGGCGAACGCCGACUCCUGCGAGGCCUGGCUUCCAACGCACGCUCCCUGCACGCCUACGCGAAGAGCGCGACCGAGCCGAGUCCCCGAACGGUCUCGGCGGUGGGUAACCGCAAAGUGGAGACAUUUCGGCAAUACCUGCAACUUUUGCCGGAGCUGCAGGGCCGAGUCGUCUUCCUUGGAGACGACGGGCAAGCAGACCUGGACGCCGCGGAGCAGCUGCUUGCAGAGGCUGCGGGGAUGGGCGAUGAUCUGAGCGACCGAAAAGGGACGCAGCCUGCAGUUCAGUUCGUCUGCAUCAAGCGCGUGUGGCGCAAGAUCAACGGCCCAAAGCAUUUGGUGUCGCCCAGCUACGUCGCGGAGAAGCAUAGGGAUGGAUUCAUUGGCGACGAGGAUCCGGGAAGCGACGACGGUGUCACGAGUAAUGUCGCUGCCCGCUCUUCCCCGCGUGUUGACGUUGAUAGGCGGAAAAAUAUCGGUUUUCAGGAUCAUGCACUCGCCUCUUCCGAUCCCCAGGCACUAUCCCUUCAAGCGCAGGGCUGGAGUCCUCGACCGGCAAGCCGGGAUUCCAAUUCUCUGGAUCCAGCUCUUCUGAGAGAGGUCUCGCCGUCCGACGCAGUUGACAUGCUCGCAGAGUCUGCGCCGCCGCCGGCCGGGCGCUACUUCGAGCGCUCACCCCAGGCUCGCGCGCAGCAAUUAAACAGCAAGUUCCCGCCUGUAUCACACCAAGAGGCAAAGCAGAGCAACGCUCGCACCUCUACCACAGAAGUUGGGGCUGGCGCAGGUGCUCGAACGAAGGAUCCAGCAACGCGAUCAUCCUCGUCCAUCGGCGUCGAUGGGGGUGACGUGGUGAGUCGCAAUUAUGCCGUCGGAAACAGAGACUUGCCAUCCUCAUCUCUCCCGCUGCGCCAUCUCCGAUUCUUCUACUUUGACCACUACGCGCCCGUCGCGACUAGCAAUCCCGAAUACGCCUUGUACGACAGUGAGUUCAUCGCUGGCGGAAACGUCCCUUACUGGACAGGAGAUGCCCCUUACCGAGAAACCGUGGAGCAUUUGGAUGGAGCGCUAUAUCUGGUUGAAGAACGUGGAGGUGAAGAUGAAGAGGCAACUGCAGGAGAGGCAGGCGGAACUCUCUCGAGUGCGCUUCCGACUCUGCUGUCGCAGCUGCUAGUCACAGGCUGGAUUCCAGGAGGCGUCCGCAGCCAAACGCGUGAUGGCCGUAGCAUUUGGUCAUGGACUCUUGCAGGAUCGCGCGUGCCGUCAGCAAGUUCUUCCGCUCACUCAACCACUACUACUACUCAAAAAACUCCACCACCUGUGGGAGCUGCGUCCGCAGAACCCGAGCUCCUCCGCUUUGAAUACACUGUCACUCAGGUCACGGCGACGCGCUUCGUCGUGGAACAUCCGCAUCGCUGCCUCGAUGAAGAUGCCAACAGCAACGACAUCCGGCACCCGCCGCAGCUGGUAGACGAAGACAACGAUGUCGAGGAGACGUGGCAGCGGGCCUUUGCUCACUCACUGCCGACAACGGGAGCUGAUUGCGACGUAACGCUGCGACCCAGCUGCUGGCGGCAGUCGCUCCAUAGCGCGAAAGGACAAAAAGGCAUCAGGCAUUCGAUAAGAACUCUGUCAGCUGCGGCAGGCUGAGGAGGACAAGGUCUUUUUUUCGCGACACAAUUAGGAGGGCCGGCAUUUUUGGUACGCAUCAGAAACGGAAGUAGUACAUUACUAGAACAGAUAACUUAUUCAACUGCGAGUACUGCCUUCUUGACUUUCUGAGUUCAGGCAGCUUGCUUUGCGACGCGACGAGAUGAAGAUAUUUUCCCUUCGAUUUUAGCGGCGGCCUCAUCUUCGCAACACGCCCACGGGAACACUCGCAAAACACAUUAUGCAUAAUUUCCUUAGAAUCUUCACAGAAAACAAAAACAUAGAUUCAUGUAAAGCCAUGCCUUCCGUAUGGACUAUUCAAACGCAAACGCACACUAUAUCAGGACUCGUUGGCUAAUGAUUCUUAUGGAGCGUGGAAAGUUUGAAUUCGAUCGUGCAAACAUUUUAUCUGUGAUAUCUUUUGAGUGAAGCAGCGCUGCAGGGAUUUCGUGGAGGAUGAUAUCAACUGUAUUUCCAAUUUUUCAUUAUGUUUUUGUUGUCUGCGACACGCUAAGACUUGUUUCAUCUUACAUACAAUGCACACCACUUAGGUUGCUGAUUGCCACACUCACUGCAUACGACUAGUAGUUGAAGGAGAUUAGUACACAGGAGGAAACUGCGCUCCCAGACGUGUGGACGAAUCAUAUGGAGUUGGAUACUACCAGAAGAUCACGCCUCGUCCUAGAGCACUUUGCAGAAAAGUUCCUUUCUAG